AUGAGCCAACCCGUUCAACCCGCAAAAAAUGCGAAAACCACUACUGGUAAAGGAGUUUCCCAACAAAAUGCAACUCGAAAACCACCAAACGAUAUUUCCGAUACACAAAAAAAAGAACUCAUCGAUUACUUUUUCGGUGCAUCCGACUAUAAAUAUGAGUUAUUAAAAUACAUUUAUAUCUGUAUUACGGCAACGAGAAACGGUUACGAGCAAGUAGGAAUAGAAAAAGAGUGUGCGGAACUUCGACAAAUUAUAAAUGAAUCCAAAAUUGGUUUUGAGCCAGGCGCUAAGGAAACAGCAAUUAGCAUAAUUGACGAAUAUUCUGAAUGGCGGCGAAGUGAUAAAAAGAAGCCAGAAAAUUUAUUGAGGAGAAUUGAAUUAAUACUCAAAAUACAAGAAUCUAUACUCGAAAAUUUAUUUAAGCUAAAAAUAUAUGAGUUAUCUGCCUUUCGUACCAUUACGUUCCAAAAAUUUAAAGGGAUGAUCGAUUUUAAUAAUGGAGGUUAUUCUGAAUUAUGGCAUCGUUCCAAAAAAGACGAGAAAAUCGCGGAAUUGGAAGCAAAAUGUAAAAAUUUAGAGGAAAAAUGUCAGACUCACGAAGAUUCACUUAAGCAAUUAGAAGAAAUCAAGACGCCGCGAGAUAAUACUAGCAAUUCGAAACAAAAGAAAUCAGUCAAAGAUCUGCAAACACAAGAAAAUACAUGUAUACGAUACGAUAAAAACAAUGUAAAUUCUAACGCUAACUUGCAAGAAGAAACUUCGCUAACGCGAGAAUUUGAAUUUAUGAAUCAGAUUAACUUGCUUACUGCCACAAAUGACUCACUUAAACAAGAAUGCGAUACGAUGCGGAAACAAAUUCAAGAAAAAGAGAGAGAAGUAAACAAUCUUCGUAAUCAGAUCGAGCAAACUUCUAAACAUAAAAAUUCAAGUGAUAACUUUUCAUCAGAGAACCAAGCGACUUACGAAAAUUACGAAAAAAAUGAUAACACCACCACAGUUGAAGCGCAUGAAAAUAAACUGAGCAUGGAAGACUUAAAUAAAUUAAGCAAAGAAGAAUUAAUCGACGAUAUAAAGGAAUAUCAAGUCAAAUAUGACUCGUUUCGUCAACAAUUCGACACGAUUCUUCAAGAAGUCCAGGAAAAGGAUGAAGAGAUUAAUAGGCUUCGUAAACAGAUUAAACAGUAUCAAUCGGCUCUUGGUAAUGUAACAAAUGUUCAACUAGGAGAAAAUGACGCGAAUAAUUCUUUUCAACUUGUAAAAGAUAUCGAAAGAAUUCAAGCCGAUGUUAGUGAUGCGGUCAAAAUAAAAGGGAAAAAAAUCGAAAUUAUGCCAAACCAGGCAAACGACCUCCUUUAUAAGAGUUAUAGCAGGACAAAAAUUUCUGACGAUAAUGGAAAAAUGGCGUUGAGUUGUGCUCUUCAACGUUUUAUAGUUUGGAGAAUUUUCAGAGAUAUCGAAAAUAUUGCUAAAAAUUAUAAAUUUGAUAAUAUGCAUAAGGAUGAAUAUACUGAACAAUUUAUUGUAGUAUACAUCCAAGAUCUAUGCAUGCUUACAGAAAAACUUUCAACACAUCGAAUUGGAGAAGAUGAUUUUACACGUGUUACACCAAUCAAAAUACGUCAACAGGUUUAUGCUGCCUUAGGUGCACGCGGCUUUCAAAGACAAGAACAGCAUCCUACGAUCAAACAUUACAGUAACUGUAUAAUCAAUCAACUUAAUCAAUGUCGAAAACUGCCUCAAGAAAUGAAUGAAGAAAUGCAAACACGAGUCGAUGAGCUUGUACUUGACUUAAUGCAACUUCGUUUUCGAAUCGAUACUCAAGAACCGGUACCCGAAAUAAGAUGGUUUAAGGCUGGCGAGCCAAUUCAUGUUGGUCUAAUGCAAGGAGCCGAAGUUGAAGAUAACGAGGAAUUAGAAGUCGAUUUGUGCUAUUUUCCUGUCAUUGGCACAUUCUUGGAUGAUCCUCAGAAUCGAAAAGUAUAUUUCAAAGCUCAGGUUUUAACAAGAAUCAAGCAACACGACCAACGUGACCAACAUGAACAACGCGGAGCUCUUAAAAAUGUUUGGAAUAAUUUCACAAAAAACUUUAUUAGAAAGUAA